UCCUGCUGGCUCGCUGGCUAAACUGGCUGAGAUUGCUGAGAAACAGAAAACUAGGAAAAAUGUUUUUGUGAUAAUUUAUACCAUUUUAGGAUAAAUAGUAAAUACUACCAAGUUAUAAUGGCAGUAUCGAUAGCUCGUACAAGGUUUUGUCUUUCUUCCUUGAGCUCCCUGAAAAACAAAAUCGGAAACGUAAUGCCUUCCCUGGCUUACCCUCAAUGUACAGGUCUAGGUAUACGUUCAGGACUACAAGACUGCAUCCCAGCAGUUUCUUGGGUCCAGCGAGCAUUUCUAAGAACUAACAUCAAAGACAGCAUUAGUCAACCUUUAAAACAGGAAGAGGUUAAAGAUACAAGAGAUGAAGACAACUGUUAUACCCAAGAAACAAUAGCUUUGGUGAACGACCAGAUUGCCAGAGGAGAAGAAGGACGUUUGUUUGCCGUGAUCCAUGUAGUUGGCAAGCAGUUCAUCGUCACUCCGGAAGACAUUAUCAUAAUUCACGGUCCUUGGGCUCCUACCAUCAGCGACAAAAUAACAUUUGAAAAGGUAAUGCUGGUUGGAGGGUCAGAUUUCACAUUGUUAGGUCGACCUGUAUUGCCACCUGAACUGGUCACAGUCACUGGAACGGUCAUAGAUAAAGACUUAUCACACGUCAAAACAAAGUUCAGAUUCAGGAAACGUAAACAGUUCAGAAGAAUCAAUUUCAUAAGGACCCCGUUGACCAUGGUUCGUAUAAAUGAAGUCAAGAUUGAAGGCAAAGUUGGCGAGAGAAAGGAUGUGGAGGGGUUAAAUCAAGUGUUCUUUUAGUCAAGGAGUUAUAUUUUGUUAUUUCUGUAAAUAAAGUGCUUUAGUAUGUGUA